AUGGCCAUCGGUUUUAGCAACGGCGCCAUGAUGGUAGAGGUGCUCGCCUGCCACAAGCCGACGGUCUUUCGCGCCGUAGCGUCGGUUUCCGGCAUCGUGGAGCUGCGCCCCGGCAAUGAUGCCGGCCUUGAGGCGUGCGGUCGUGCCAUUCUCGUGAACAACACGGAGGGCCUCCGCACAAGUGUGCUGAUGGUGCACGGCAACCACGACAUGCUCGUCCCGGUAGGCGGCAAUAGCUUCCUGGGCUUCCCGCCAUUACAGGACAACGUUGCGGGGUGGGCAAAUUUUAAUGGAUGCAACGAGGCCACUGAUGUAACUAUCAAUGCCAGCAGGUACAGAAACCUGAUCUACUCUGACUGUGACAGCGGCGCAGAUGUGUGGGAGACGCGUGUGAGGCGGUACGUGCGACGCAUAAAAGAUGUUGUUGUCGGACACCUCACUGGGCGCCACGCCGCCGACCUCCGUCACUCUGUUGUGGAGAUAGUGCACGCACUCCAGGGUGGCCACGAGUGGCCCGAGGACGAUGAGUUUUCCACGACGGACUAUGUUCACGCCUUUGGGGCACGUGUGUUCUCUGGCUACUGA